AUGGAUCACAUUGAGUCAAAGCUAAGACUUGAUAUGAACAAUAUAACCAUUGAUAAAAAUGCCAGAACCUAAAAAAAUUCAGAGCAAAAGCCAACGUAUAAAACCAAUUUUUAAUCUUUCAUGUUCUCUCCAAAUAGUAAGGAGAAAUAGUGUGAAACCUCACGAUUCCCACAAUUUAAAUAUAAUAUGACUAAUCAGAAUCAACGUUAGCUUCCGGCAAGUAAACCACCAGUUCCAUCUUAGCUACUCACGAGUCGUCAAGGUAAUUCUAAGAAAGAUCAAAAUCAGAGAUUAAAAAGUCAAAGAAAUGAUACUUUAGAAUAAGAUAUAAAGGUAAAGCCCAAACGUUAGAGAAAUUUAACUUAAAGAGAAAAGCAAAUUUAAAGAUAUGAUUUGGUUUUGGCUAAUGACGAAGAAGAUGAUGACGAUUGCAAUAUUUCUUGCAAGUCAAAAGAGGAAUGUCCUAUCAACUAAAAUGAACAAAGAAAAUUAGAAAUUUAACGGCAAGUUUUCAAAAUUUUUGAUACCAACGAUAGUGAAUUUAGUAGACAGUACAUAUUCAGUAACCCUUCAGUUAGAGAGUCAUUUUCUUAAAAGGCUAGAAAUCUGUCUAGAAAUCCAAAUACAAGCAUUGUCCAAACAAAAAGGGUCCCAUCUAUGAAGAACCUAAGACUAUUUUCACAACAAGAUGAUGAUUCUCUCAAGCCAGUUGAUACCUAAGAUAUGCUUGAUGAAGAAGACGAAGAGGAAUAUGAAGAAUUACUCAAAACAUAGAAGGUAGAAUAGAAAUAAAAAUAAUCUUUUGGAAUUUCUGAGCUAUCUGAUCUAAACCUCCAAAAAGAAACGUAACCCUCACUCAGCAAUCAAACAAAUCAUGAAACUCCAAAAAUGAAUGCAAGGCAAAAAUAGCUUUAAUAGGUGUCUAACUACCUCAAUCAAUAUCAAAAUAAUCUGUUCACUUUGACAACUGAGUUGAAGAAUGAAUUCAAGAAAAAAGAUUUCAAGCCAAACUUAGUUGACUAUAACAAAAGCAAAGACCUAUACAUCAUUAAAAAGGAUGUCUAAAGAACCUUUCAAGAAGAAAAAUUAUUCCAAAUUCCUCAAGAUGAUAAGAGAUACGACUAUACUAGAAAUCCACUUUUUAAUGUUUUGGUGGCAUAUUCAAUUUCUGAUUCUAAAUUAGGCUACACUCAAGGUAAUACUUAUGCUUUCUUUAAUAAUUUAGGAAUGAACUACAUAGCAGGGUUAUUUUACAUGAUCUUCUAGGAUGAAUAUGAAAGCUUUAUUGCUCUAAAUUACAUCAUGAAUGUUCUUAAUUGGAGAUGUGUAUAUCUGGAUAAUACUCCAAAACUUUAAAAUUUAAUGCUUAUUGUUUAAAAGAAAGUAUACAAUGAGUGCCCUAAAAUCUAUGCUCAUAUGCAAGAAUAUAAUGUAAAGAAUAGAUUUCCUAAAAUCAUUUAGAUUUUACCGUCCACUGUUUAUUCAUAGAUAUUCAUAACACUUGGGUUAUAUAAUUGCAAAAUUGAACAUGCCAUGUCUAUUGUAGACUUAUUCUUGCUUGAGGGUGAAAAAGCCUUAUUUAAAUUGAUUAUUAACUGCAUGAAACUCAAACAAAAGAAGAUUUUAUCGUUUAACUAAGACUUUGUAAUCUUAAUUUCAUAAUUUAACUCUUAGGAGCUGACUAUUUAUUUGCAGAGAGAUCUCUUAUCUGAAUGUCUUACUGAAUAUGGCUUCGCUUAAAUCUUUGAGGACUGCGAAUGA